AUGGCACCCCGCACGAGAGAAGAGCUGCUCUCUUACGGCAUCCCAGAUCCUGCAUUACUGGCUGAGAUUGAACGAAACCCAGUCCGGGAUCCACAACCCUCGGAUCCGUACUAUGGCAAGAAUACCCAUGGCGCCCGCCGGGCUCACCGCGCUACCACAUUGCGCGAGAAGCAUCACCUGCGCUACAUCCCAGGCCCAAUCCCUAACGAGGUGGCCGAAGAGGACCGGCAAAUCCGUGUACGCGGCGGUGCCGAGAUUCGCGUCCGAAUCUACACACCCGUGGCGUCGGGCCAGAUAAGGACGACGCAUGGGGACGAUGCCGUGAAGAGGCCGCUCUUUGUCAUGUACCACGAGGGCGGCUGGAGCAUGGGCGAUCUUACCGACGAGGAAGUCAAUUGUCGGCUGUUUUCUAGAGACCUUGGUGCCGUUUGUGUUAAUGUCGAGUACCGACUUGCGCCCGAGUAUCCGUUUCCUACGUGGAUCAACGAUGCUUGGGACGCCUUGAAAUGGGCGGCCGACAACGCCAGCUCCCUAGGCGCCGACCCUUCGGCAGGCUUCAUCGUCGGCGGCGGAUCGGCCGGAGGAAACAUUGCCGCGGUCCUGGCCCAUCUAGCCCGGGACGAGGGCCUCUCGCCCCCGCUGACGGGCCAGUACCUCUGCGUGCCCGCCAUCACCUGCUUUCUCCCGCCCGGGGACCUGCCCGAGGCCUAUCGGGCCGAGUACCUCUCGCACCCGUCCGUGACGCCGUCGGCCGACCCGAUCCUCCGCCACGUCGACGUCGACGCCAUGUUUCGGACUCUGCGGGCGGAUCCCCAGUCGGAGCUCAUGGCGCCGUUUCACUAUGGCCGGCGUAGUGACGGGCGAGGCCACGCGGAUUUGCCGCCGGCGUAUUUUCAAGUCUGUGGACUUGAUCCCCUUCGGGACGAGGCCUUGAUUUACGAGAGGAUCCUCAGGGAGGAGGUGGGUAUCCCGACCAAGCUUGACUUGUACAAGGGGUUUGGACAUUACUUUUGGACAAACUUUCCUCUACUGGAGCAGAGUCGGGUGUUUGUCGAGGAUACCGUCAAGGGAGCCAAGUGGCUCUUGGAACAAGCGGCAAGCAAGCGAGGAUAA